GCGCAGUAGCCUCCGCUCGGCCCACUUCCUGCCAGAUAGUGCUCCCUGACGACAGACAAAGCUUGUUAGUGAGGACUCCGGUGAAGAGGCUGAAAAACGGCGCUGCUGGCCCCCCUCCUUCAAUGGCCAAGAAGGCAAAGAUAGAUUCUGGUUCUGAUCGGGUCAAAGAUCAAAGUCAUUUAGAUGAAGGCGGAGCUCCAGCUGCUGUUUUAGGUCCAUCAGAACCGGACAGUUCUUACUCUGCUUUGUCUGCGGCCCAAAUCACUGGAGGUGAUCAGGAGCAGACAGGUGCAGACAGAGGAGCAGCUGGCCAGUUGUGUGGAGAGACAGCGUACACUCAUACAGCCUCAGACCCAGCAGCUUCAGCUGACUACAGCCAGCAGGUGUAUCAGGAAACCAGCCCCGCUGUGACGUCCUACACCGGUCAGGUGGUGUUCCCUCCUCUGGCCCAGUCCACUGUGUACUCAUCGUUCCCCCAGACCGGACAGAACUAUGGACUCCCACCCUUCGGAGUUCAGCAGCUACAGCUCUCUGAGUCAGGCUCAGUUCUCUCAGUAUUACACGCUGCCUCCCAGCUACGUUCCUGCUGGGCUGCCGGGCAGCGACGACCCGGGGGCGGGGCCGGGGGCGGGGCCGGGGGCCGGUGUCGCAGAAUACUCAGCGGUGAAGUCAGAGGAGGCCGCCUCAGCUGGACUGCCUCCCAGAGAUGCGUCUCCACCUGAGAACCUCCCCACAGGUGCGUCCCUCCCCUCAGGUGGAGCCAGAGAUCAGGACGAGCUGGAGCGCAGGAACUCUGUGGGCAAAUCCAAAGGGAAGGCCAAGAAGUCGGACAGCUCCCCGCCUCCUGACAGUGACCUGGAGCGUGUUUUCCUCUGGGACCUGGACGAGACCAUCAUCAUCUUCCACUCCCUGCUCACCGGCACCUACGCUCAGAAGUUUGGAAAGGAGCCGGCCACUAUGCUGAACCUGGGCCUGCAGAUGGAGGAGCUGAUCUUUGAGCUGGCAGACACACACCUGUUCUUCAACGACCUGGAGGAGUGUGAUCAGGUCCACAUCGAGGACGUGGCGUCUGACGACAACGGCCAGGACCUCAGCACAACAUGCCUUUCUGGAGGAUCUCGACCCACGGAGACCUGGUGUCCCUCCAUCAGGCUCUGGAGCUGGACUUCCUGUAAAGGUUCUGUCCUCUGGGUGUGGGACACUAAAGGGAAACGGACUCGUGGAGUGACCUGCACUCGCUCACCUGUCCGCUGUCACAGGGGGGCGGAGCCUAGAUCGAACUCUCACUCUACGGCAGCUAAGCUCAGCGCCGCUGCAGACGGCGACCAUCACCUCUGAUUUUCUCCUCCGGAUUCUCUGAGUGACCUCAUCUGUCCACCUGGACCGGAACAGACCAGACGGACAGAUAUUAAAGACGUCUCAUCACUGGAGACGUCUCAUCACAGGAGACGUGUCCUGUGAUGAGACGUCUCAUGAGACCGUGUUCCUUUGGUUCUUUCUGUGGAAGACAUCAGGUGAUCAGUCAUCUGCUCUGACCUCACACACACACACACACACACACACACACACUCCUUUCUUAAAGGAGACAAGAAAUCUUUUAGUUUUAGAGAGUUUAAACCGUUCAUUAAAGUUUUCUGACUCUUAUUUUGAAAAAACAGGAAAAACAGUAAUAUAAACUCACAUAAAAAAUGUUAAAAAUUCUCUAAUGUUGGGAAAUCCUGAUCUGUUAAAACUAACUCUUGAGUUUGGACUCGUGGUUCUGACGUCUUUAAUCCUGAAACUCCAUGUUUCCAUCUCAAAUCAAACAUUUCAUUCAAAGGUCAGAGAAACGAUGAGUCAUGUUUGUUCUGGGCCCGGUUCAGUUCUGUUGGCGUCAGAACCAGGAGGAGAAAACUGAACAUCUGGACAGAUGUGUGAAAACKGGACUGAACGUUUCUGAGCUGGACGAGGUCCUGCUCCACCGUCACGAAUGUUUAUUUGUUGUUGUUUGUGUGUAUUUAUACCRUGCCUUUAACCCUCCGUUGUUCUGCUGGCGUGGAUCCAAAGUGUUAUUUUUAUUUUUAUAAACUUUCAUCCACCUGCAUGUUUUUGAUGGACUGCUCUGUCUGCACUGUGAUCUGAAACCAAAGACCCAGAUGUGGUUCCUCUUCAGAUCUCUUCUGGUUUUCUGUUGUUUUGGUCCUGUCAGGUGACAAUCACAGAGGAACAGGUCCACUCUGAACCUCUGAGCCAGUCCAGUCAGAACCACACCCUUCUAAACCCUCCUGCUGAUCCUCUGAUCCUGAUUAUCUCAACUGAAAUGGUCCAGAAACCAGUUCAGACCCAGUUUCAGGGUAAAAAACUAAAUCUUGAGUCAGUCUCAUUGCUGCAGCCAAUCAGCAUCAUUUAGUCUUUGAUUGACAGCUCGUUGAGCCAAUAGGCUCUUCACUGGGACUGCUUUACAUAUAAGACUGUAAACAUCUUGGUUGUGGUUCUGAUUGGACCAGGACUGGUCCAAACAUCUGGAACAUUUAGACUGAAACUGUGGACCAGAACCAAUCAUCAGGUCCUGAUGGUUCUGGUCCAGAACCGGUGUUUCUGAGUUUACUUCAGUUUGAUGUAAAAAUGUAAUUUCUCUUGUUUCUGCAGCUCUAAAUCAAACUUUCUUUAACUUUAAACACAGGAAGUGUUUCUUUGUGCAGAAACUUGAUUCUGUCUUUGAUCCGAUGAGUUCUGRUGGGUUCUGACCCGUCCUGCAUCACAUCGAUCUCAUCCAGGAAACCGUUUGUUGUGAAGCUGGAGCCUCUUCUUCUAAAUGAAACUUUUAUUUAGUGGUUUUUGUUUGUGAUGUUCACCUGGUUCUGAAGGUCCAUGAUCCUUUAAAGAUCUUUGUUUUGUGUUUCAGAACUUUCAGAACCGUGUAAAUACAUUUUACUAUGUUUCCCACUCAA